AUGUUACAGCGUUCCCGAAGCGACGCCGAUUUUUCGAAAAGAACGCUUUCCGAAGAUGCCCAAAUGGAACGCCUAAGCGACAGCGGGCUGAAUUAUGGCAGAGACGACGGACCGAUGGAUCACUUGGAUGUGAUGAACAGCGAUCGAAGCCGCGCCUCAACAGACGAGAUCCACGAGAAACACGAUUACGAGGACUCGUGUGCGAGUAGCGGCGUGAGCGCUUCAUCGGCAACAAGUGUGAUGUCGGUGGCGGGCGAUGAAGCAAUUCGGCGACUCGAAGAAGAACUAAAAAUGACACGACUGGCUCUACUGGAAAAAGAGGAACGAUGCUCUCGGCUUUCUUCUAUGCAGACUACAGUUGAUACGGAAGUUCACGAAUUGACCGAGAAGCUCUUUCAGGAAGCCUAUAAGAUGGUCAAUCUCGCCGAAGAACGAAAAGAGAAAGCAGAAAAGUUGUUGAAAGAAAGUCGCAUGAAGGCAAACGUCCUGCAAGCCGAGGUGGAAGCUUUGAAGCUGCUGGUUAGCACUCCCGGAGCCGGCGGCCAACACCACACAAAUCACACGAGCGGCAAGGGGAAGCCAAGUGUUUUCUCAAAGCUACUCAACAAUUCAAGCACCCCGUCUCAUCACAAGAAAAGCUGGCAAAAUGAUGGGAAUGUUCCGAUGUCGAAGAAAUCACAAAGUUUGCCGACGACGAUCCGAGAACAACAGGAACGGGCAAUUGAUGAAGCGGAAAAUACGGAAGAGAUCGAUCCUGUUUUCUACCGAGAAUUCGUCGAGUGGCGAGAUGCGGGCCACCCCCUUUCAUGGCCAUCCGAUUCGUCAAGUACGCCCACAACAAGCAAUGCGCCCUCGCAAAACAACAACAACUUCAUUUGCCGAAUUCAACGUGAAGAGGUCGAUCCGUGUAUGUCUUUCGACAAUACAGAGCUUGCCACUAGUUUAAUAACGGCGAUUCGCGGGAAUUGCAUCGAAAUCGAGCCGGUAAACGAGGAGAAACCAUCAGUCAGGAACUGUGCUCUCACGGCGGUGCCUCGUUUUUGUCCGUUUCGAGCGCGUGCUUCCCCGGAUGAUGAGUGGCAUUUCAUCUCAGUGUUGUCGAGAAAUCGGAUAGCUGCCGUUUGCGACUUCCACACGUAUCUUCGCUACGUAUCACUAGGAAUCGUUCGUUCGGGCAUUCGUGACACCUACUUUGAUGUGAUCGCUCUUCGCAAGAACAUGGCUCUCGCUCGAUUAGGACUCGGUUUUAUCCCCAAGACGACGGAUCAACGAAAUUGC